ACAUGCCUUAAAAUUGUCAAGGUUGAGAAACAUUGUUCUAAACAAAGAGAUUAUGGUGCUCCAACUUAGGUUUUGGAACUGUGGAGUUAAAGGAGCUUCACCUUUUCCCUCUGUUCCUUAUUUCCCAUCCCCCUCCCACUGAACUGCCAAAGAUUUUCUGAAAGAAAGGCUGGCAGUUUUGUGGUCACACCUUGACUUGGCUGUUGUGUGGCUUUUUUCCUCCACCCUUUUUCUCUAGGUGUGGAUAGCUGCUGGCAGUGGCUUCAUAAUGGUGAAAGAUCUGGGAUGAAUCUUGGCCUAACUAGCUGAAUUGGCAUUUGGUGGCUGCCAACCAGGCAAUCGCCCUUGAGCAUAUUCUUCUACUUUUGUUUUAAGUGCCUUCCUGUCCUUCUGUUAUUAAACUUUUCUAAUAUUUUGUUUCAUUUUCUCCAUUCCACAGUGCUCUCUCUUGUAUUUUGCCUUAUUCUCCUUAUUAAACUCUUCUCUCCCCUUUUCUCCUCCAUCAGAUGGAUUAUUGAGGCCUGCCUGUCUGUGUUUUCCUUUAAAUCGUCCCCUCCUUCUCAGAAAAUGUCCAUAAUAAGCACUCAUUGCUGCUGAAUUUGCCACCUCUGAGGUUUAGCGAGAUGAUUAAAGAUACAGCCGCUAAAGGGGGGCAGGGAAGAGAUAACAUAAGCACUGCAAGCUUUGAUUACUGCCCUGACUUGUGUCUGCAUUGUGGGCCAAUAAGAGCCUGCUUAGCAUGUUUAUUCCCUUCCUUCUAGUAACAGAUGCAAACAUGUCCUUGCAGUUAGUUGCAUAUAUUAGAAGAGCAAGCAGAUUGAGAAAGAGAGAUGCUGUGUUAAAAAUAAAUAGUAAAAGGAGGUCUGAAUUUUGCUCAACAUUCAAUUUUUAGGAAGCAUCUUGUGAAUAUUUACAGUAACACAUCUAGUAUUUUCAUAAUCCUUUCAGGGAUAGGUCAAGUUCUUAUCUUUAUAUGUUAGAUAGUGGCAGGACCAAGAGAGAAUGAACAGUAUAGCCUUUUCCAUCUUGAUGCUUUUCAGCUGUGUUGAAUGACAGCCUCUAAUAACUCCAGCCUCUUGGGCUGUGUUGUGUAAGUGCCAAUAAGCCCAUUCGGUAUAUAAGCUGGGAAAGAUGAAUGUUAUGAUUCGUACAACUGGAGGGUAUUAAGUUCAAUUUGUUUGUUUAAUUUCUGUAUGGAAUGCUGGAAUAAUAUCUUGUUAAUAUUACUUUAAACAACAAUGGCAGUUACAUGAGUUGCUGCUCAUCUACAGUAUUUUGUGUGGUAGAAUACACCUAUGUCAUGAGAUCACAGUUUUGCACAUUUUCGUAUGAGAAGCUGCUGGUGAAAUUGGCAGCAUAGAAUGGGAUAUUUUGGGAUGUGAAUUAUGGGAGUACAGAUCUAGUCUUUCUCCUGAUGAACUUGCAGCCAGUUUGAAUCUCACUUGUUCUAGAGCUGAAUCUCAUAGAAUACAAUUCUACAUAUAUUUAAUUGGGAGUAAGGCUCUUCAGUUUCAGUGGGACUUAGUCUUGCUUAAAUGUUUCUAGGAUUACAAUCUGUUUUUUCAUACUAUGCUUACAUUCUAAAAUUGUAUGUAGUUCUUGUGGUCUGUGCACAAUUUCUUCAAAUGUGUCUUUUCAUAGGUCACUAACUAAACAGGUAUUGGAAUUAUAGGUUAACAGUUUGCUUUUAGUAAUUUGCUGCAUUAAGUUUGUGCCACACAGAAUAAAUUAUUCUGUAUGGCACAGACUAAAUUCUCUUCUAGUGUUUCAGCCACCAAUGCUUUUUAAAAUCAACCAAUAGAGUGAUCACAGUUAUUUUUUUUUUAAAUACUUUUGUUGGCAAAGGUGAGUAAAAAGACAGUCAAAGGGAUAACCAAAAUGGUCCUGGAACUGAAUGGAAAAGUUACAACAUAUUGUUUUCUUUUAAUUUAGAAAAAAGUUAGUUGAGAUGAGGUAGGAUAAAGACAAUAUAUUAAAAGUCUUGCAAAAUAUUCAUGAUUUUGAAAGCUCAUCCAGAGUCAUUCAUAUUUCUUUCCUGUAAUGCAAAGCCAUUUGUCCAGCAGAAUAGAAGUAGUUUUGGGAACUGUCCCAACAUCUAAGGAAAAUUACCAAUGUAAAUGGCCUUAAAAGAGGACCAGUCAAAUAAUGGAAGAAAAAGCAUAAAUGCAUACUGCUUUAAUAGAUAUAGAUUACCUCUAUUAUUAGUUGCUAAGAAAUGUGUGGAGAGGUGGUGUUGUCCUCAUGACUUUAGAAAGCUUGACAGAUAUCUGGUUAGCGGCCCUGGGAAUAAGAUUCUUGGCAAGGUGGAUCUGGUUUAAAUCUGGCUCUUAUAUUCUUAAACAUAUAUUUUAAAAAAGCAUUGUGGUUCAUUUGGAUAUUGAAAUUAUUUUCAGUUUCAAUCUAAUUUUGGAAAUGCUGUGUUACUUAAGUAUAAUUAUUAAACAUAUUACCACAUUUGGGCUAUCUGCUUACCUGAUUGAAACAAUGAAACAAAUAUAUUUAACUUCUAUGAAAGUUGUUUUCUUUGGCUAUUUUUGUGUUUUGCUAAUUUAAAAAUAUUAAUUUUAUUUUAUUCCUGUUGCUGUAUUUAAUUUUUGGAAAGAUGGUGCACAGUUUUAACCAAGCAAAUAAAUAUUACAUGGAAAAAGAAAUCCCUAUGUAAUAAUAUAUUUUCUAGCAGUCUAUCCUCCACCACAGUGGCUUUAGGUCUCAUAAGAUUGUUACGGGGAGAAAUAAGAUGGAACAUUAUAUGUUCUUUGAGCACCUGUAUAAAAGGCAGGAUAUAUAUUCAAUAAGUAAUGAGAAUAUUUGGAAAUGCAUAAAAUGCUUUUUAAAGGAGAUACAGCUAAUUGUGAGUAUUCUUAGCUUACAUACAAGUAUUCUUAUUAAGAUAAUUAAAUAUUGCAUGAUAGAAAGUUAGGAGACAGGAGCAGUUUUUAAAUUAUUUAAGGUGUGUUGGGAGUGAAUUUAUAAGUAAAACUGUUCAUACAGAAGAUCUGUUUUUGCUUCCAGUAUUCUUAUUUGAUAUCUUAAUAUUCUGCCAUUGCUACUUCCUGGACAUGUUAAUUUAAUGCCUAUUAUUUUAUAGAAAGAGAAUAUAAAAGUGUUGUCACCUUUUCCUUUCAAAGAAGACCAACAUGCAGAAAUUUAUUUCUGGUUGAAUAUGCUUUCCUGUUUUAUGGUUGGUUAUUGUCCUUUUGUUUCUGUAAAUUGUACUAAUUUAUAUUUUGUGUAUGCUUCCCUGAAAUUAAUUUUUGAAGUUACGAUUUAUAUUUUUUUAAAAAACAAAACCAUUUUGAUUUUUUUCCUUGAGUGACUUGCUGCAGAUUGCCCCAGAGAAGAUUAUGUAGCCCUUCUCCUUCAACUAUAUGGUCAGAACAUAUCUGUAAAUUAAGUGAAGUUUUAAUAGAAAGUCUGGUCUUUCUGUACCUGUAAUCUGUUUUUGAGCAUGGUAAUAAAUGAAGGUUGCAGGGAGCUAUGUUACGAUAUCACACAAAUGGUCAUGAAGCUUGGGCCUUAGAAAUGUGGGGUGUUGUUAUUCCUUAGAUUUAUAUUUUGCCUUCCUUCCAGAAACUCAGUGUUGAUGUAUGUAGUACUAAUUCUCAUAAUUUUUACCUAUCCAAUCUUGAGAUGCAGGCUGGUAUGAUAGUGACAGGAUCAAGGCACUUGGUGAACUUUCCUGGCUGAAUUUAUAUUUGAACCUGGGUCUCCUUAGUCCUGUCAAAUGAAUUAAUUAUUACACAUGUUUAAAGAAAGACUAACACUUUAAUGCUUCUUUACUAUUUUGGAAACAUGAUGAAAACCUAGGACUGUUUUUCUUGGGAGUGUCUUUCUAAAAUUUAACAGCAUGAAUUCAGAAAGCUUGAAGGAUGACAAAGAGUGUUUCUGGGACUACAUUUGUCUGGCAGGUUGUAAGUUUCCCACUACUAUAUUACAGGUCAGUAGAUGGAUUCAGAUAUAACAAGCCUGGAUGUUACAGAACUUUGAGAGUGGUACAUUGUUUAAAUGAUGAAUUAUAUCUGCUAAGAUAUAAUUGCAGGUGUAAUGUCAAUUGUAGAAACUCUUUGAAUGACUAUUGUCUCUUAGAUCAACCUAUCUUAUAGGACAGUUGUUGAGAGAAUAUUUGGAGGCAGAUGUGCUAUGUACAUUGCCUUGAGCUCCUGAAGUAAAUAUGAAUUUAAUGAAUGAGUAUAUUAAAUCUUAAUUGAUUGACCAAAAUAAAUUACCAUGAACUCUAUAGAUAUUCUUCCCUCCCCCAAGAGUAAUGAAUUAAAAGCAAACCCUGAUUUGUAACCGUUGCCUUUUAAAAGAGGAAUAAAUCGGGAUUAUCAGUUUAAAUGGAGAUUAAGUAGCCACAAUUGUUUUUGAAGAACCACCACUACUCCUGACUCCAUGGCUGAAUUUAUACACUGUGCUAAACCAGAUAGGAUGGUGAAAAGUUAAAAUGCCAAACAACAAAAUGAGCACGACAUCAUGGUUCCUGGUGAGUGGGACAGGUAUUCGCCAUCGGCUUCCUCGGGAGAUGAUAUUUGUUGGCAGGGAAGACUGUGAACUCAUGCUCCAGUCUCGCAGUGUGGAUAAGCAGCAUGCCGUCAUCAAUUAUGACAAGGAAAAAGAUGAGCACUGGGUGAAGGAUCUUGGAAGCUUAAAUGGGACCUUUGUGAACGACAUACGAAUCCCUGACCAGAAGUACAUCACGCUAAAACUGAAUGAUGUGAUUCGUUUCGGUUAUGAUGCAAACAUGUAUGUCCUAGAACAUAUCCAGCACAAGGUUCCAGAAGAAGUGCUAAAACAUGAGAAAUAUACCAGUCAACUUCAGAUGAGCUUUAAAGGCACAGCAAUGAAAAGAGCAGAGCAGCCAAUGGAACAUGGUGGAAAUAUUGAAUUCCCCCAAGCCAAGCUGGAGAAAGGAGAGAAGAAAGCAAUUACAGAGGUAACAACUACUUACCGCACACCACUCUAUGGCCAGCCAUCAUGGUGGGGAGAGGAUGAUGCCAACAAUAAACUGGAUUCAACAGGUGACAGAAGGCCAGAAGAACAAUAUUCAGACAGAACAAAAGACUUAAUCCAACACGAAGAAGAAAUCAAUGGCAACAUCUCUGGCUACAGAGAAUCUCAAGGCGAGUCUGUCUACGCAUUCCGAAGGGAACCCAGCUACUUCGAAAUUCCAACGAAAGAAUUCCAUCAGCCAGUAAAAUCUCCAGAGGUGCAAGUCCAUGAGAUCCCCACCAAAGAUGUUGAUGUGGCAGUGUUGCCUGUUGUGCAGAGCCAUGCUUCUUUUACAAUUGAGUUUGAUGAUUGCACUCCAGGUAAAAUUAAGAUAAAAGACCACGUCACUAAGUUUUCCCUCAGGCAGAGACGGAACCUCAGCAAAGACACUGGCCAUGUGGAAAUUAUCUCUGCAGAGAGUAAAGUGGCCGACUGGCUGGUACAUAAUGAUCCAAGUCUCAUAAGAAGGCAGUCUCCUGGAGAUGAUGUAUACAGUACCAAAAGUGACCUCCCUGUUCACGUGAAGACUCUGAAAGGUAACAGGCAUGAAGAUGGAACCCAAAGUGACUCAGAGGACCAAGUAGCACCCAAGCCAGAAAAAGAGACAGUUAGCAAUGAUCAUAUAGCAGAGCAAGCCAAACUCCAGCGCCAAAUUCGACGUGAUCCCCAGGAAAUGCUCCACAACCAGCAGGCCUUUGUCAUUGAGUUCUUUGAUGAUGACACGCCCCGGAAGAAAAGAUCACAGUCUUUCACACACAGUGGCCAUUCUACCCAAAAUGAGGUUGAUCCCACCUUGAAGACAAAAGUUGAAAAACGCAAAAUUACAGUGCCUGCUGAGAAGCCAGGAAGUUCUGUGCCCUCCCAACAUGCGCCUGCAACAGGAACCAAAGGGCCGAGCAACGCAUUCACCACUCCAAGAGCUGGCUCCUUCAGGAGGGAGAAGGCAGAUGAGAGGAUCAGCCCUUCCUCAUCCUCCACAUCACGAACACCUGUAAAAAGUCAUGGGAGUGUUGGAAGGAAGUCAAAAUUAGCUCAAGAUUUUGCUGCUGAAUGUUUAAGGGAAAGCUCUCAAGCGACUCAGCUCAACACUGAAAAGCCCCCUCCUGUGCCAACACCACUAAACUCCCGAGCAGUAAUUGUCCCAUCAGCACCAGAAACAAUUCCUCCACCAGUUGCUGAUCCUAAAGUGGCCAAAGCUAGGAGACAGGAAGAGGAAGAUAGCUUGAGUGAAACAGGCACUUACACUAUUGAAACUGAAUCACAGGACAAAGAAGUAGAAGAAGCUCGAAAAAUGAUUGAUCAGGUUUUUGGUGUUUUGGAGUCUCCUGAAUUUUCCAGAAUUUCUUCAACCUACAGGCCAGUUAUAAAAGGCGAAAAAGAAGAAUUAGGGCACAAUCAUUUGCUUGGGGAAAACGGCUCAGCUCCAAAGAUGACGAUGAUGCAGGUCAUCGCUUCCAAAGUGGCAACGGGUCAUCAUGCAGAUAUGCAGAUGUCCUCUUCAGCCCAAGGUAGCCAAAAAUGGGUCUCAAGAUGGGCAAGCCUUGCAGAUAGCUACACAGGCUCAGGUUCUGCCCCUGGACCUGGGGAUGCUGAGCCGGCUUCCCUCUGUCACGUUAACACAGAAAAGGAUUCCAGUUCCAGAAUGGGAGAAUCUGAGAUUUCAGUGGCAUCACGGACCAGAAGACUUCUUCCUCAACUCCCUCCUGGUGAAAAAUUGGAAAGUCCAACACCAACUAUUUUAAUUUGUCAGGAGACUUUUCCUGAAGUUUCCCAAAGGAACUUUAGUAAUGAGUCCAGGGAAGAAAUAUAUGUGGAUUCUGACACUCGGUUGUUAACUCAGGAAGAUUUGGAUCCAGAUAGCCUUAGUGAUGCCAGCAAAUCUGAUGAUGGUAUCAACUUGGAAAAAGGUAGGAAAAGCCAAGAUGGCACCAAAAUAUUAGAACAGGAUCGAAUAAAGGCUGAAUGUGCAAAAUCUAGAAGCUCUCAGUGUCCUAUGCCAAGACUUUCAGGCUUGAGAGCUCUAAGUGAUCCACUGUCAACAUCUUUCUAUAUGGGUGAUGAGGCAGAAGAGAUUGGGGUGCCUUCAAAGCUUACUUCAAACAUACCUCCUCCUCCUCAAAUAGACAAAGAAGAACCUCCUUUCAAGUAUGGAAAGACAGCUGCCAAAGGAAUGAACAAUACCUGUCUUUACUCAAAUGGAAAAAUGAUUAUGUCAUUACACCAGGGACUACCAGAACAACAAGUUGUAGCCACAAAAGAAAUUUCAUCUUUUGUUAGGCAAGAGAGUUUUACCAAAGAGAAGUCAAGCAGCAACAUUCCUCAAAACAGGCUGCCGCAUAUCUCAAGUCAUCCUCUACUGAAAGAUCUUGAGGUCACACGAGCAAAUCGUAUGGACUAUAAUCCUGAGACCCAUCUCCUUCUUAAAGACACUGAAACUGCACUGGCAGCCUUGGAAGCCAAAAUACUUUGUCAAACUCACCAGCUAGAUGCUCCAGAAAAUCCUUCUGGGCAGUUAGAAGAUUCUUUAUCUGGAGAGUCUGAUGUGGACACAGCCAGCACUGUCAGCUUGGUAAGUGGUAAAAAUCUGCCAAGUCACCCACCAAAGCAAAAAUCUGUGACAUCUUUACAGAAAGAGAGGUCAUCAUCCACACCAUCUUGCCAAGAGCAAAAUGUUCAAGCUAGUGCACGUGAAAGGCUUUCAGAAAAACGGAAAGCAAUUCCACCUGAGACUGGGAGCAAAGGUGAAAAUGCAAGGCGUUUUCAAGUGAAACACAGCAUAGGAACAAGUGGAUCUCAGGAUUAUACAGAUGAUGAGAGAAGUAGCAGCCUCCCGUAUUUGCCUCCAAGUGAAGUAGCCUCCUCUGACCAAGAACAAGCCCCCUCAAGGCCUCUUUCUAAGAAGAAGCCUUUCUCGCAGUCAGCCAAAGAAGAUCAUAGCAAAGUAACCACAACGGUUCAAAAGAUUCAACAAGUUCUUACCAGGUCAAAUAGUCUAUCAACCCCAAGGCCCACGAGAGCCUCCAAACUUCGCCGUGCCCGGUUGGGAGAUACCUCAGACAAUGAGAGUGCCGAUGCUGAGAAAACAGCAGCACUUCCUGAAGGAACCACAGCAUCUUCCAAGCAACCCGUAGAGGCCAAGAAGCUCUCAAGGCUUGACAUUCUUGCCAUGCCAAGGAAACGGGCAGGAUCUUUCACAGUGCCAAGUGACUCUGAAAGUGCCCCAUCAAAGCCAACCUUUUCUGGGCGCAGUGCAGAGUCGUACUAUUCUACUCGAAAACCGCUGGUGUCAGAAGCUAAAAAUGCUGUUAAGAAAACAGCAGCAGCAGUCGCUGCUUCCAAGCAAUCUUUCAGCAGAACACGUUCCAGCAGUGUGAAAUAUGCCUCUACCUCCACUUCGAGGAGGCGGCAUCAGGGCUCAGAUUAUACUUCCACUUCCGAGGAGGAGUAUGGCUCAAAUCACAGUUCCCCUAAACACAAACGCUCCCAUACCUCAACAGCCACCCAGACCCCCAGGACCCGCGGCUCCGGGUUGAAUAAACAGAAGCAUAGCAACAACCGAGAGAUGGAAGAUGAAGAUUAUGGUGAACAGGAUCCCUACAGUUUCAUUGUGCAGACUGCAGAGAUAGCAGAAAUAGCCAGAUUAAGCCAGACCUUGGUAAAAGAUGUAGCAAUCCUUGCUCGAGAGAUUCAUGAUGUUGCUGGAGAUGGAGAUUCCCAGAGCUCAUCUGGAACAGGCCCAAGUACUGCCCACAGUUCUGUGCCUAAUACUCCUGCUUCAACCAUCUCGGCAAGAGAAGAGCUGGUACAGCAUAUACCAGAAGCAAGUCUAAACUUCCAGAAGGUGCCUCCUGGCUCAUUGGGAUUCCGUGAUUUUGACCAAAAUAUGAAUGACAACCGGGAGGAGGAUAUCACAAAAAGAACACGGAUAAGAAACAGGGAAGAGGUGAUCUUCGACAAUUUGAUGCUAAACCCGGUGUCCCAGUUAUCUCAUACCAUUCGGGAAAAUACAGAAAGUCUGGCAGAGAAAAUGAAAAUUCUGUUCCAGAAUACUGAGAGGACAUGGGAAGAAAUGGAAGCCAAAAUUAAUUCUGAAAAUGAAGUGCCAAUUUUAAAGACAUCAAAUAAGGAAAUCAGCUCUAUUUUGAAGGAGCUUCGCAGAGUCCAAAAACAACUUGAAGUUAUAAACGCCAUCAUUGACCCAAGCGGGAACUUGGAUUUGCUCACCAAUAACAAGACCUGUUCUGUGCUACAGCCUGAAGCAGCUAAAGUCAGGACUACCAACAAAACUUCAGGAUCUGUGUUGGAGUCUUUGUCACCUGUCAAAAAAAUGAAUUACAUUCAAAAAUCAAACUUUGAGUCUACUGGCCUGCAGGAUAAAACAUUUGUUUCAGAUGGGGAGAAAUAUGUGAUCUGACAGAACAUUUUCUAUUGCUUAUCCUGUAGUAUGUCAUUUACUGUGGCGUUUAGUAUUGCAUAUGAGUUGUGUGUGAGUGGUUGUGGGCAAGUCCACGUGGAACAGUUGUUUAGAUUGUUAGCACAUUGCACAAAAUGGGGGAGAAGGUACAAUCUCUGCUAUGUGAGCAGUUGAAGUCUGGGUGAAGCCCUUUGUGGGGAAGAAAGGUUUAAUCAUGCACAAGAUAAUUUUUUUUAAUAGAGAGCAAUUCAGUGUGCCAUUCUUCUAUUGUGCCAUAACAAAGCAGACCUUGCAUAUUCUUCAUUCUUUAUUGCUGAAGCUCUGAUAUGUUCUCAGAUAUAGCCUGUUCAUAGCAAUUGGUUGAGUUGUAUAUAGAAUCCAUUUUGAAAAUAUACUUUUUGAGACAGUGGAUAGCUGGUGCUGUAUAAUUAAUUUUAAAUAUGGAGUAUUCAAAUGGUUUGGUCAGGAUUUAUUUUUCAUACUGUCAGGUAAAGUAAGGCAGCAUAGCUUACUUUUAGAAAUUCAGGAGCUAUUGCCUGAAAAAUGUCUUCAAGGAGGAAGCAAAGAUGAUAUUGAAUAAUUUUGCUUCCAGUCAUACAGCUUUCACUGGUCCACUGGUUAAAAGAGUGGAGACAAGAGAGCUGUAAAUAUGGCUGCAUUGUUUUCUGUAUGCAAUUCAUUUGAAAAAUUCCAAAUAAGUAGUUCUAUAGGACAGGAUUCAAUGACCAAAUUAGGAUUUUGUAUAGCCAGGUUGCCAAAUUCUUACUGUAUCAUGUUAGUCUCCAUGUAACAAAGGGUUUAUGUGCUCUGAAUAUUUUUUUAAAUGCUAUCUAAAGAGGGGCAUAAGAAUAAAUGUUCCACAACUGGGCAAGUAGUUACCAUUUCUCCCCAGUACUUUGGUGGUAAGGUUUACACAUGAUCUUUUUAACCAUGGCCUGUUGAAUAAACCAGAAUAUCUGGACUGACACAACACUCAUCUAUAAACCAUAGUAAUAACAUGAUCACAACUUUGCUAAGCCACCAUGUGGCUUGAUUGAUUUGGGUUUAGCAUGAUCAUUAAGGUUAAGCCCAAGAGUGGAUACUGAUGCUUAACUCAGUUCUGUGGAACUCAUUUUUUUUUUGGGUGGAUGAGUCAUUCUGGAUCAUGCACAGCUUUGUGCAGUUUAUGGCUUAGUAGAAUUUUGAGUGGGGGCAGUUGAAAUUCAAUCUUUAAAACUUUAAGCCAAUAGUCCCUGGUUGUAUAUGUGUAAAUUGGGGAGGGGGAGGGAAAAUGUUCUGCAAAGCUUAAGGUACAGAUACCAAUUUUGCCUAUAAAUUGCACAGUAACACAAUAUAUUUCCAAAUCAUGGCUCAGGCUACUUUAGUGAUGGCAGAUGUCAUCUCCCUUUUGGGACUCUGCAGAACAGAAAAACAUAGUUCGGCUGCUAGGUAGAAAAAGUUGCUCAUCUUGGCUUGUUGUGUAGUAUGGAUUUAAGCUAACCACAACUUAGCAUGUGUAUACUUGGUCUGAAUCUCACUGACAUUCAUGCACUAUUUAAAGAGCAGAAAGGUACAAGCCUUCUUUUUUACUGUUAGGAAAACAGUUUUGAGCAGUAAAAAACAGUAUCUCCAUAUCCUUCUAGUUUCAAAGUUUGGGGAGUGGACCUUCAACAAGGCAUGCUCAACAAGCCCCCAUGAGAUGAUCCUCUUAUGCUUGGUUCAGGGUUAAUGGGUAUCCCACACAACAUGGGAAAUGUAGCAUGUUGUAUCAGUAGACCAGUGUUUCUCAACCUUGACUGCUUGAAGAUGUGUUUGAAACAUUGACAGUUUGCUGCCUGAAGUUAUGCUGACUAGGGAAUUCUGUGAGUUGUUGUUCACACAUCUUCAAAUUGCCAAAGCUGAGAAACAUUGCAGUAGACAUUAUGCUGAACUUUUGGUUCCAGCAAAGAGCAGAUUUCCUGACCUUCAGAGCUGGCUCUGCAGAAUCCCACAUCCCUUUCCACUCCAAAUCAUUAGAUGGGGACUAUCAAAAAGUUGCCACAAAUAAUGGUGAUAUUGUAGCUGUUGCCUUAAAUUACUCAAAUGAAUGUAGAUCCUGGGAUAUAUCGUGGAAAUUAUAUAACAGUUUUUAGUUUAAUGUAGCUUCUAGGAGAACGUAAGUAAACUAAUUUGCUCCAAUAUUCAGUGUUAUUCAAUAUUCCUGUGCUGGGAAUAUGAGCACCUAAGAACAAAAAGCAUGAAUUAAUACUUGCCUCCUCCAUUGUCCAACCACAAAACAAUUUCUAAUAUUGGUGCCAUCCUUUCUUGAAUCUUGAUGCUAAAACUUGUCUGGGUGAUGAUGUGUCAAGUUAGUAGCUCUUCAGUGCAAUAUUAUAAUUGUUUUAUGUCUGGCCAUUAUAAAGUUAUACCAAUACCAAGAAUAACUUUGCAAACAUUUUUAAAUGCCCAUUUUCCAAUUAAAAUUGGACAAAUUCCAUUUGUCAGAUCAGCAAUUAAGUCGGAUGGGGCUAAGAACAGCACUGUUAAUUAUUUGAAGCACUUAUUGAUAUCAGUUGACACAGGGAAAUCUUUUAUAAUAUUCACUUCAUUUCUAAAUGAUUGUUGAAGAUCACCAGAUUAAAUACAGUUGAGAGAACUAUUGAAUUGACAGUAAUUUAUUCAGGUCUGGAAAUGAUGGAUAGUGUGAAUGCAUCCUGUAGAGCAGCAGUCCCUAAGCUUCGCGGCUUGGCAGCCCAGGGGGAGGGAGAGGGGAACCGGGCUGCGCAAAUGGCAGGCCGGCGCACAGCUCAACUUGUUCAAGCGAUGGGCCAGCAUGUGCACAAUUUGACUUAGAGCUGUGUACGUGCACUGGCCCAGUGCUUACACAAAUCGAGGGUGCACAUACACGCCAGCUCGCCACUUGUGUGGCCCGAUUCUGACUAGGCCACAGCACAGUAGUGGGGACCCCUGCUAUAGAGAACAUAUCUAAAAUGUUAAACUCUUGUAGAAGUAAAAUUGCUUUGGAAAGUGAAUGAAAAAUUCGAUUGAGUUGCUCAGCGGAAAUCUUUGCUAUCCAGUUGGAUUUUAUCUGUCUCAGAUACUUGAUUGUGCACAAGUUUAAAUAAUGUAAAUGCUGCUAUUGAUGUUGAGGCACCAAAUAAAAGUUGCCAAUACUUUUCCCAUUAGAAACUGAUCCAGUUAUAGAUUCAUUUAUAUAGUGUCCAUUUAAUUGUACCUGAUGGUUGCUUGGAAACUUGUCUCUGAGUCAUAAACAUGUCAUAUGUCAAUUCUUACUGCUCACCAAACUUUUCCAACCAUCUUGUAAAUGCAUCAGAAUUCUUCAUCUUAAUUAUUGAUGUCACAUUAGUCCAUAUUUGCUAGCACCAAGUCUAUAUUAGAUUAUCUUCGAAAUAUACUGUUGCAGAGAGAGAAUCUGAGUUUGAGUAAGCUUAGAAAAAAUCCUAGAAAAGCAGUUUUGUAUUUAUGCCAUCUUCUAAGUCAACUUUUCCCAACAGAAUGAAUUGCAGAUGCAUAGAAUGUACAAUUCUCAAAAUUCCCAGACAGCAAGUAUCUGGGGAAUUCUAGAAAAUGCAGGCUUAACACGUGGAAAGACGUUCACAUCUGAGCUUAUGUUUCAUAAAUAUUCAAGCCUAAAGUGAGACAUUUGUCCUAGUCCAAUGCUAUAUCUAUCUAUGAACCUUCAGAAGGCAUGGGCAUAGAAGUCAGGUUUGCUCAAAGGUAGAAAAAAAGAUCUUGGGCUUACCCUACACAUAAAAUUUAAACUUGAAACAAACUAAUGUUAUACAAUUAAUAUAUUACAAAUAGAUUGCAUAUCACUUCUGAUACACUUAAGCCAAAGAAAAAGCCAUAUUCUCGUAUUGGAUCCCUCUAGUGCAAUAUCAACCAAUCAAUCAGAACAGAGCUGGAAGGGACCUUGGAGGUCUUCUAGUCCAGCCUCCUGCUCAAGGAGGAGUCCCUAUAUCAUUACAGACAAGUGGUUGUCCAGUCUCUUCUUAAAAACUUCAAGUGAUGAAGUACCCACAGUGUCUGAAGGCAGGUUGUUCCACUGGUUAAUUGUCCUUACUUUUAGGAAGUUUCUCCUUAAUUUCAGAUUGCUUCUCUCCUUGAUUAGUUAAACAUUUAAUCCCAGUAUGUGGGUACAAUCUAGGCCCCAUUUAAUUGACUUUCUGAUAAGCGGAAAGUCAAAUAAAUGGGACCUAGAUGGUGAUACAUAGGUUUUUUUUUAUUUAAUGAAAACCUUUAUAUUUGGCUAGCCAGUUUCAAAGGAAUACAAAUCCCAGAUCAUUUGAAGUUCCGUGACAAAUGUUUGAUUUCUUCAGAGUAGCUUGUUUAGAGAAAAGAGUUUAUCCUCCUUAGGUUAAAAUGACUGAUCAAGAUUGAAUGAGUGUGACUUAUUGAGAGAAUGUUUAUCUGUUUGAAAAGAAUGCUGCCAUUCUCAUGCUGGUGGUAAUAAUACUAUCAUAUAGGUUGAGAGUGUGUAGUAACAUAUAUGUGCUAAAUAAAUAAAUAUGUAUGUAAAAAAACUGAAUGAAAGCAGUUAGUGGGAGCAAUUUUUGCCCAUCUCAAAGUUUUUGUACAGAUUUCAAACAGAGGUGUGUGUACAUAUGAUUCUGCAUGUUUACCACAAUCAAGACUGACAACUCUGUUGCUAUGCCACACAAUUAAGCAAGACAUCACAUGACCACAACUUAUUAUGCCAGCUUCUUCAUUGACUCUGCUUUUUGGAAGUUAGCUGUGAAACAUGUAAGUGAAAACCACAUGACUGCACUAUCAUAAAUUCAAAGACUGUCCUAACUUUGAAUGAUUGCUAAACAGGACAGUUAUUAAAUGAGGACUACCUCUAUGGUUGGGUUCAAUUCAAAUUAGGAAAAAAAAUCAGAGGCAAGUUUUCAAGAAUGACCAGCUGUGUACAUUAGACAGAAGGAAUAACUUGUUCUCAUUUUACCUGAGAGAAAUGGGUUGGGCAAGUGUUUUUCCACAUCGCAUGAAAGCAACUCAAGGUGUGUUCAAGGCUUUGAAACCAAUUGGAAAUGAUAAAUCUCCUUACAUGAUAUCUUAGAGCUUAAAUGCACACUUCAGUUUAAGCUAUACAAUGAGUGUCUUAAAUAUAUACACUUUAAAAACCUAAUGUGUGUAUUCCCCAAGUCAUCCUUACAUGAAUUAAGGAAAAUGUUUGCUCUGAAUGUUUACAGAUACCUACUUUUGAAAGAAGUAAGUUGCUACUGAUUUUUCACUUUUGUAAAUGGAUUCCUUCCUUUCCUUCCUCCCUCCCUCCCUCCUGUGGCAAAUGAAUUCCUGAUUUUGCCAUUGUUAAAGUCCAGAAAACUAUGUGUUCACUUUCUGUUGUGUCCCCUGCUCAAUGGUGCCUAAGCAUCUGCUAGUUGUUACUCUAUUGAAACUGUUUUCCACUGUUAAAAACAUUUUUUCACAGCUAUCAUUGUAUUAGAUCUGCAUGCCACACUAAAGCAAGCUGAGCUGUAUGAGAGCAUUACUGAAAUUCAGCUUUGUAUAACUCAAAACUGUUUCAGUGACUUCCAUUUUUGGUUCAUCUUUUAUUUCAUGUUGAUGUCCUUUUUGAAAUACUGUGUAUAAUUAUAAGAUCCAUUUGAUUCCUGCAGACCUUCAAUGGGAUGCUUUUUUUCCCUUUGUUUUUUUUUUUUUAAAAAACCCAGUAAUUUAUUUUGCUUGACAGGCAGUUUAUCUGUAUCAUUUUGUUUCUGAAUAAUGUUGUGGAUGUCUUUCAAACCAAAAUAAAUGGUUAUUUUAUAUAAUUUUA